AAUUAAUAUUUUUUCUGCACACUUGAGAAUUCCCCUGAAUAUGCAUUAGAGUGACUAUAUCCCUUUAAAGUACUUCCUGUAUUUUGCAGGAAGUGACUAUAUCCCUAUAAAAUGCUUUGCAUGUAACCUUCACCCAUUUGAAGUAAUAUGGGAAUGUAGGGGGACAGCUAGCAGGAGAGUAAGUUAGAAUCCUAAGACUGAGCAGAAGCACUUCUAGGAAUAUUGUUAGAGAAGAUCCUGGCCACUUACAAAGAACAUAAAUUGGAGCAUUAAUUCUGAAAAUGCAAAAUGACAGUGUAUUGGGUGGAACCAGCAAGGAUUCCAUUGUUGCUGAUCGCUCUUCCUGGAUGUAACAAUGUUGGGAUUGCCAAGGCUGAUUGUCAUGAAAAUAAAGUGCAUAGAUGUGAGAAGAAGAAAUCUGCAUGGAUGGAGAGACCAAUAUUCCUACUUCUUUUGUGAGGGAUAAUGAUAUGAUUUUCAAAGGAAGCCUGAGAACUCUUCUUCCACAUGCUGUCAGAAAUCUAAUUCGAUUGAAUAAUCUCAGCAUGAGCAAUACUUCUGGAAUGGCAGAAGGAUUUAAACAAGCAAAUGUUGUAAUUCUGCACAAAUCUCUUGCUGAUGACUUUGAAAAAUUUUGCCGUGCGAAUGAUGGACCACUUCCACUGCUCUAUAGAAGUAAACCAGGGGAAUGGAAAUGCCCUUCCCUGAGCAACGAUUCUGAUAUUAGAACUGACUGUUUACAGUACAGAAAAUAUGAGAAUGGAAUAUGUACAGAAAUUCUGACAAGCCUAAAGGAAUAUUCAGAACCGCUUAAAGACAUGGUGACGUUCUACCUAGGCUGUAGUUUUACAUUUGAAAAGGCACUGCAGAAGGCUGGUGUCCCUGUAAGGAAUGUCGAGCAGAAAUGUAAUGUGAGCAUGUACAAGACGGCUGUGCCUUGCUGUGAGACAGAACAUUUUUAUUGUAAUCUAGUGGUGACAAUGAGACCUGUUCCUAAGGACAAAUUGGGAGUAGUUGUGCAAACCACCUAUCCAAUGAAAAAAUCACAUGGAGCACCAAUUCAUAUUGGUAACCCUGGUUUGUUAGGUAUUCAAGACCUUUCCAGUCCAGACUAUGGUGAUGUAGUACAGACCCAUCCUGGAGAUGUUCCAGUCUUUUGGGCUUGUGGAGUAACAGGGCUGGACGCUAUCAGCAAUUGCAAGUCUCUGCUAGCUUUUACCCAUUCUCCUGGCUGCAUGUUUAUCACUGACUUGAAAGAUGAAGACACUGCAGUUUGUUAUGACAAAGAAAUCCCUGAAGUCUAUUGUAUUUGUCAGAAUCCUUUGCAUUAUAGCAUCACAUCAGCAGCAGCUGUACAAAAAAUCAGAUGUCUAGAAGACAUGAUUGGAGUAGAUCCAGGAGACAGAGGUAUAAAACAUUUGUGCUCUCAGGAUGAACUUCUGAAGGCGUGUCUCUCCAUUUCGCAUGCACAGUCGGUCUUGAUUACCACUGGAUUUCCUACCCACUUUAAAUAUGAGCCACCUGAAGAGAAUGAUGGGCCUCCAGGAGCCAUUGCGAUAGCAGCCAUGUUGAAAGCCAUGGGAAAAAAUGUUGCUAUAGUAACUGAUCAAAGAGCCUUGAAUUUGAAUGAAAAAAUUAUUAAGGAAGCUGUUGAAGAAGGUAUACUGGAGACACCAGUCCCUAUAAUUAGCUAUCAUCAUGAUUCUGCUGAUUCAGCUUUGCUAUUCUUGUGUGAAGAUGGAAAUCCAGAAAAGCCCAAAUUUAAUCACCUAAUAGCAAUAGAACGUGCUGGGAUGGCUGCUGAUGGCAAUUAUUACAAUGUAAGGAAAAUAAAUAUUAAGCAUUUGGUGGAUCCUAUUGAUGAACUUUUUCUAGCUGCACACAGUAUCCCAGGAAUUACUACAACAGGCAUUGGGGAUGGAGGAAAUGAAUUAGGAAUGGGAAAAGUAAAAGAAGCUGUGAAAAAGUACAUUAAAAAUGGGGAUGUUAUAGCUUGUGAUGUUGAAGCUGAUUUUACAGUUGUUGCUGGAGUUUCUAACUGGGGAGGCUAUGCUGUUGCUUGUGCAUUAUAUAUUCUCAGUACCUGUGAAAUACAUGACCGCUAUCUGAGGAAAGCUGUUGGAUUUCCCAGGUUUUCCACGAAAGUAGCCUGGACAGCAUUAGCACUUCCUUCUGUGGCUAAGGAAGAAAAGUUGCUGAAUAUAUUACGGCAACACCAAGUCCGCAGUGGAAAAACCGCUAGUCUGGAAAUGGAAGUGGAUGGUCUGCCAUUCUAUGACAUUCAUUCACAUAUGAUUGAAAAGCUGCUGGAGGAAACUCUGAAAUAACUUCCUGUUGCUGGAACAUACCUUAUAAUUUAACCUCCAUCUUGGCCUAACACACUACUGUAUGUACCAGAACUUGUGCUUUGAGGUUCAGCCUCCAUUUCAGGCAAGCCAAAUGGGUUAUUGGGUCUUCUGGUAGCUAGGCAAAAAAUCACCUUUCAAAGAGGUGACUCUCUUAUAUUUAGCAUGUGGAAAGCAACUGUCACUAUUCAACCCCAAUACAGCAUUCUUCCAGAGGCUGUUGCUGGUGUCUACUUUAUGUUUCUUUUUAGACUGUGAGCCUUUUGGGAGACAGGGGAAAGUCUCCCCCCCCCCCAUGUAAGCCGCUUUGAGAGCUUUUUUUAAAUUGAAAAGCAAUAUAUAAAUAAUGUGCUCUGAGCCUACUCACUCCCCGUCAUUUUGAUUAGGCUAAAUUGCCAGCCCAGCAAAAUAAGGGUCCUGGGGAAAUGAGGAAGUUCCAGGGGGCAAUUAGUCACACCUUCCUGCAAUCAAAGCAACUCCUAGCCACUGAAUGAAUUGGCAUACUGGAGUCCUGCUGCCUCUGUGUCCUGCCCAAUCUUCCCACACAGCUCCCCUAAUCUCAACACAGAAUUGUUAACAUAUAUACUCUCAUGUCUCAUGUGGGAACCCCUGGAAGUUCUCUACCCUGGAGACUCUGUACAAUUUUUCUUUUAUUUUGUCCAGAAUUCCUGUAACUAACACAAGCACCUGGAAUCCAAUGUGAUUCCAGUUGUGGGACUCCUGGUGGACAUUCUGCCCAGUACUGCCUUGAAACCUUGCAGCUAAUCCUGCUCCUCAAACCUGGUAGUGGCACACCCAGUGUGCAACCUGUUUAGACUGUGAUGCCAGCCCAGAACAGACAUUUUGGACCCCUUGUUAAGGUGCCUGUACAUAAGCCUUGGGUACUUGUUUCUUCCCUGCCGGAAGGCCUUUCAGCAGUCCAGCAUCCUGCACUUCCCCACCUGAGAUCCAUUCACUUUCUUCACCUUAACCACAGCAGAUUAAAAGAAGGCAAUUCCAUUGUUUUUGACAUAGCAUUCAGAUUGGAGAGCAACAUGGUUUUUUGUUACAACUAAAGAAGUCAGUGUUUACUCUUCCAAGUAAUGUUCCGUUUGUGUAACUGACAUGAGACAACAAAGAAAAAUGCAAUGAUAACAGUAUUACAAAUUUCUUCAGAAUGUAGCAUUAUUUAUAAGUGGAAUAAAUAUCUUAAAACAGAACAGCCAUCAUGCUGCUUGUAAAGUAACAGAGUUUAGUGAUUAGUUAAUUAACAGUAUGUCAGCAAAUAAUUGUUGUUAACGGACAUAACAUUAAAAUGUAAGUGAUGUAAACGUUCCAAGGUCAGAAAGAAUACUAUGGAAAAAAUGAACUGUAGCAGCAAAUGCUAGUAACUGUUCCUCUGUCAUCAGAAUGCUACUCCUCUAAAUAUAAUCUCAGCUAUUUUUCAUUUGCUGUUUUAUGUGAUGACACAAUCUCAGCUUUCUCGUCAUGUUGUCCUUCUGGUGACCCAAUUACAAAGGUAAAUUUGAAAAUGCCUCUUGCAUAUACUGGCUUUGUAACUGCAACCUGCUUCAUUAUUGAGAAUUCUUUGUAUAGUCCUCUCUACUUUGCCAACACUAGCUGCCAUCACACUGGUUCAUCACUCUGGCUUACAUGUCCCAUAGUAUAAUACAGACUCCCUAUCCCUGCUCUCUUUCUUAAAUCCAAAAACCUGUUUCUCUCAAGGUUUCUUUGUCUAGCCAGCCUGGAAGUUAUUCUGAUUCAGACACUAAGCUGAAACUCCUCUUUGCAGUUCUGUGGUUAAUCUUGUAAUGUGUUUUUAGUAGUACAAUAUAUUAUCGUAAUAUUGCCUGAAUCAACUUUCUUAUUCCCCUGUACCCCUACCCUACAAUAAAACCUUGUUUGUUUUUGAA